AUUAGACCGAAGCUUUUCUCUACGGCUCAAAGAGAGACAAAAUGGGGAAAGAUCUGAGCGACGAUCAGAAGUCCUCCAUGAAGGAGGCAUUCACGCUCUUCGACACCGAUGGAGACGGAAAGAUCGCGCCGUCCGAGCUCGGUAUCCUUAUGAGGUCACUCGGCGGAAAUCCGACGCAGGCCCAACUCAAGGCCAUCAUCGCCGACGAGAAGCUCAACGCACCCUUCGAUUUCAAUCGCUUCCUCGACCUUAUGUCCAAGCACCUCAAGCCGGAGCCUUUCGAUCGCCAGCUCCGCGACGCCUUCAAGGUUCUCGACAAGGACUCAACGGGUUACGUUGUGGUUUCGGAGCUAAGGCACAUCCUCACCAGCAUAGGCGAGAAGCUCGAUCCGGCGGAAUUUGAUGAAUGGAUCCGAGAGGUUGAUGUUGGAUCCGACGGAAAGCUGCGCUACGAGGACUUUAUUGCUCGCAUGGUCGCCAAGUGAUUGCGCUCCCUGCAUGAUUAGGAUUUGGUGAUAUGUUGAGUGGAUGAAUUCAGUUCCAAGUUUGCUCCCUCCUAAACACUAGUCUUUUGCAUGGCGUGCUGAAGGACAUCUUCAAGGCUGCUUCUUUGAUGUUACUUUCAAUUCUCUUUUGUUUAUCAAUGAACAAUUUGCAAGUUGUGGAUGUUAUUGUAUUUGGAUUUUAGUAGUAUGACCUUCAAUCUUUGGAAUCGUUAAAGCAUGUGCAUAAUGCUUCAAACUCGAGCAAACGUUGAAAACUUUGUACCAUAUUAGCUAGAAUUUUGAUUAGAUUGAAUUUUAACAUGCUUGACUUAUCUGGGUGUAGUAUUUGAGGUGGAAUAAUAAAUAGUAGUAACAGUUAAGAAACCUUUUUUAUUUAGUUAAAAGUGACUCAAACUAGGAGCCUAUUUGCUAUGACUAAUAUUCA